CUCACCGUGUUUGCGAUGACGGGGCUCGGCUCGCUGCUUUUACUCUCUUCGCUGCUGGAGUCGGGCAUGGAGCGCGGACUUGGACUCGGUGCACUGGAGGCAGAGUCCUGGCUUUCCUCGCUGCUAGAGCUGGACUCGCUGCUUAAGAAAUUAGCACUGAUCACUGGCUUGAAUGGCGGACUGGUGGCUGGUCUGAACCCCGGGCUAAUCCUGGGUGGAGUUAACCCCGGGCUAGCGGUAGGCGGAAUCAACCCUCUGAUCGCAGGUGGGGGUGUGAUUGCACAGCCCCCGUUUGCCCAGGUCUUUCCUGGGGUCCCCACAUACCUGCAGUCCCCCUUUGUCCCGAGGUUUGGGUACCCUCAGUUGGGGUACCCUCAGAUGGGGUACCCGCAACUGGGGUACCCCCAACUGGGGUACCCGCAGCAGCAGCAGUUCCCCAGACAGCCUGGUUUCCCUGCUAAUGGGGGAUCUGUGCCACCAAAUAACUUUGGAGUUCAGCAAGGAGUGCGUCCUGGCCAGCAGCAAGGGAUGGGACAGCCUUACUACAUGGGUGUGCAACCGCAAAAUCCCAUGGGAACUCCACAAGGAGUGAAUCCCAUUCAACAGCAGGUCAUGGAAACGACUGGCAGACCUUGGAAUGGCAACCAGCAGCCUGGGCCUGCGGAGACUGGGCCAAUAAGGAGGUACAGGCGAGCACUUCCUCUCAGGUUUCCUGGGAGGGCCUGCGCACGGGCACGAAAUGAGGACCCCUCGGAGAUAGCCCCUACCCCAGCUCCUACUGAACUGCAACCUGUUCCAAGACUGCUUAAAAUGGAUUAAGCCUCCAGCAGUUUUGACGGAAGUACCUUUGAAACAACUUCACAGCACAGAAGAAUAUGUGAAGGCUUGCCAGAGAGAUGUAUUCCUCCUUCACAGAAGCUGAAAUAACAGCAUGAAGACUUCAUUUUAACCUUAAUAAUAAUAUAAUCUCUUUAAACCCAAUGUUGUUGGAGAAAUGCUUGUUCUUUUUGUACAAGAAAAAAACACACAUGACAUUGUGGUGCAUUUGCACAUUUUUGAAGGACGCAAUAAAGUUUUAUGUUGAAUAACAAGAAAGGUGUGAACUGCCCUUGAUAAAUGAUCUUUUGAAGUUUGAAAUAUACUCACUUUGUGGAUAUCAAAAAAAAUAAAUGAUGACCCUUAUGUGUC